UCAACCACAAGACGGCCUUUCUCUUUUUCUCCUCAACUCCCAUUUUCAUGUCGUCCUCUUCUUCCACCAAUCUCCUCCUCACCGGCAGCAACAAUAACAACAGCAGCAGCAGCAGACAAAUGGACACAAUCAGCUGGGGACUCUACGGAACGGAUCACCACCUUAACAACCCAUGUGGAAGCGCAGGUGGAGGAAUCGAAAUCCCCAAAUUCAAGUCCUUCCCGCCUCCUUCCUUGCCGUUCUCCCCUUCUUCUUACUUCGCCUUCCCUCCUGGUUUAACCCCAUCCGACCUCCUCGACUCCCCUGUUCUCUUCUCUUCAACUAAUCUUCUUCCAUCUCCGACCACCGGAGAUUUUUCCGGCCAGACUACUUCCAACUGGAAGAUCGAUUACUCCGGAGCCGGGAACAAUCAGCAGCAGCAGGUGAAUGGGAAAGAGGAAAACCAUUACGAUUUCUCCUUCCAGCCCCAAACCAGGCCUAAUUCCUCCUCUUCAUCCUCCUCCAUCUUCCAGUCUUCCUCCGAUGUUAUCUCCACGGAUUCAAUCACGAGGCAACAACCACAGCAGGACGCCUGGAGUUACAAUACACCGGCCACAAGCCAAGCUUCCGAUCUCUGUUCAGCGGAUAAGAUCAAAUCCGAAUUCCCCGCCAUCCAGAGCUUCUCCCCCGAAACGAUACCAUUUCAGAAUCAGAAUCAGCAGCAGCAGCAGCAGCUAACCAGCUACAUCAACCACAACCCCACGGCGCACUACAUGAGGGAGAGCAGGAGAUCAGACGACGGUUACAACUGGAGGAAGUACGGCCAGAAGCAAGUUAAAGGAAGCGAAAACCCCAGAAGCUACUACAAAUGCACUUUUCUCAAUUGCCCCACCAAAAAGAAAGUCGAGAGGUCAUUUGACGGACAGAUCACUGAAAUUGUUUACAAAGGCAGCCAUAACCAUCCCAAACCUCAGUCCACUAGGCAAUCAUCUCACCAUUCCAUUCAGCCCUCCGGCAGCCCCGAUCAAUCGGUCAGCCAAAUGGGUUCUGGGACGCACCACGACGACUCAUCGUUAUCCGUUGGUGAAGAUGAGUUCGAACACAACUCCCCGCUCAGUAAUUCAGCUGGCGAUGAAGAUGAUGGCAAUGAACCGGACGCCAAACGAUGGAAGGGGCAGAACGAAAAUGAGAGCCUGGUUGGUGGUAGUGGGAGCAGAACCGUUCGGGAGCCAAGGGUUGUGGUUCAAACAACGAGCGAUAUAGACAUACUUGAUGAUGGAUAUCGAUGGAGGAAAUAUGGGCAGAAAGUGGUCAAAGGAAACCCUAAUCCCAGGAGCUACUACAAAUGCACGUUCGUGGGAUGUCCAGUGAGGAAACAUGUGGAGAGAGCAUCACACGACCUGCGGGCUGUGAUUACAACCUACGAAGGGAAACAUAACCAUGAUGUUCCAGCUGCAAGAGGCAGCGGCUAUCUCACCACCAGACCAACGACAGCUGCAACGAACCCUACUCCAGCAGCCAUUCCCGUUAGGCCCUCUGUCAUGAACAGUCAUCAUUCUAACAGCAGCGGAACCUACCCACAUCAAUCUCCAUUCACCCUGGAGAUGUUGCAGCAGGGUUCAGGGAGUUAUGGGUUCUCAGGUCUUGGAAAGCCGGCAACUACUACAGCAGGAGGAGGUUCCUCGUAUAUGAAUCAUCAAUCCCAGUACAGCAGGAUCCCUGAAGCUAAGGAAGAACCCAAGGAGGAUUCCUUCUUCGAUUCACUGCUAAGCUGAAUGACACCAAGCCAAAAAUGACCUACAGUUUUGGUUGCAGCAGCAAUUAGGAUUUAGGAAAAAAGAAAACAGACAUGCUUUAUAGAUGAUAGGAGAGGGAGAUAUUGUAUACAGAUAGAGAGUGGGAUUUCAUUGGUUCAUUUAUUUGUUUUUUUACAGAGGCCUCAUACUCAUGGGGAAUGCAGAAAUGGCCUCUGUUUUAGUUUUAACUUUUAACACAGAAAAUUUAAUUACCCAGUUAGUAGUAUGUAGUAAUGAACAAAGUUUUCAUCUUUCUGUCCUGCCCAUGUUUCUAGCAACAAUACAAAGUUGAGAAGUUUGAAAUGAACC